AUGAAACGGUGGAGAAUAUCAAACUUUUUGUGGUCUUUUUUUGUUUUCAGCUCCUCUGCACAUGAUCAAGUGAAAGUUGUGGCCACAUUGUUAGGAGAUAACAUAAGUCAUGCUGAUAUCAGUUUGAGGAUCCACAAGCAUCAAGUUCCUUCUCACAGAACCAUAGUACAGAAUGACUGCCAGUGGAAAUUGCAACAGGUCCAAGAUGCAGGAAAUCACUUAAUGUUAGCCUUACAUAUGUUGUCACCUGAUGCUUUCACUAUUCACCACAGCAAAUAUGGCUUUAGAUCAGCAGAGGAUGUUACAGAGGUAAUUAUAUGUUGGAAAGAU